AUGGAAGAGAUGAGGAGCCACAUCCGAAAUGACACAUGGAGAGUAGUGAAACGACCAGAGCACGCAAGGGUCGUAGGUUGUCGAUUGGUUCUAACAAACAAAUACCAUGAGGAUGGGACAAUCAGCAGAAGAAAGGCUAGAUUGGUGGCAAAAGGCUACAGUCAACGUCCUGGAAUCGACUAUCACGAGACAUACGCGCCAGUAGCUCGCUUGGAGACGUUGAGGCUCAUGUUGGCAAUCUCAGUCGAAUUGAAUCUUCGAAUAUGGCAAUAUGACGUCGUGACCGCCUACCUGAAUGGGCACAUUGACGAGGAGAUUCACAUGGAGAUGCCAGAAAUGUUUGAGGAUUCUCUGAAGUUGCUAAUCGAGAGUGAGGAUCCAGGGAGCCAACAGACAUCGGACUUGGACACACUGCUGUGUCGCCAGGAUCUGGAACAGCUUCAAAAACUCGACGACGAUGAUACCGAGAAGUCGCCUCGUGAGCCACUACCAAUGGAUGAUUUCUUCGAGACGAGUGGACCAAAUCCCUGCCGACCUCAAGCCAGUUUUGUGUCAACGAGGAGUCAGCCGGCAGGUACAGACGAUGACGUCUUUCUUAGGCCACCGCUCUGGGAGGACAUUACCUCGAGUAUUCAGAAGCUUGAUCCGGAGAAUGCUGAUAUGCUUGGUUCACAGUCCACCCCUCAACAUGUUGCCCAUGUUAAAAUGGAGACCGAAGACAUCACCUCACCGGUUCUAUCACCAGUCGAGAUAAAGAGUGAACCCCUACAGUCACAACCCACUCUGCAUCUACUUGAAGGACGUCAGAACAAUAUCAACAAUUAUCCCAGCUCGAAUAAUGAUCAUCGAGCGGGUCUCAAGACAUUUAAUCAUAAUAAUAAUAAUAAUAACAAUAAUAACAAUAAUAAUACCAAUAAUAAUAACAACAAUAAUAAUGAGACGAAUCAUCAUGGUCACCAGAGUGGUACUGGUACCUCGCCUCUUUAUGGAUCAAUGACUAGGCUCAUGUAUGUUUCACCUUUAACGCCCCCAAUAUCCGAUCCAGGAUCACCGCUCGCUGGACCACCCAGACGAACACCACCACCUCCCUAUCCCCAGCCAUCCAUGAUCAAUCAGAACCACAGGAUUCAGACGACUUCAAUUACCAAAUUUAAUCGUAGGAAUAAUCCAGAGUUGGAAAAGAGGAGGGUUCAUCAUUGUGACUUUAUUGGAUGUACGAAAGUUUAUACGAAAAGUUCUCACCUGAAGGCACAUCAGCGGAUACACACAGGCGAAAAACCUUAUCAAUGCCAAUGGCCGGAGUGCGAAUGGAGAUUCGCCCGUAGCGACGAAUUAACCCGACAUUACCGUAAACACACCGGUGCUAAACCCUUCAAAUGUGCAGUAUGCGAGCGUUCAUUCGCCAGGAGUGAUCACCUGGCGUUACAUAUGAAACGUCACUUACCAAAACAACAUGCCAAGUGACACGAGGAUGACUUGAAAAUGGAUGAAAUCCUCACCUCCGGGGAAUUCUCCUCGGCAUUCUGAUUUGAAUGAAAAGAUAUGAAUGUAGAGAAGAGAGAAGAGGGAAGAAGAAAGUGCACUUAAAGACGAUUAUAGUUGAGGAAAAAAAACUACAUGAACUGAGGGCACUUUGAUUCAGUUUAUUAUUCGGUCCUUCAGGGCCUACUGUACUUGAAACGGUGGCUGGUCCACGAAGAAGAUAAACGGGAAACCUCCAUUCAAGCGUGUACUUAAAUCGUGAUGAGCCUCAGGGUGACUCUCAUCAACUGCUAUCCUCCCCUGUUUGUUCAAGACCGCCUGCCAUCCACCGCGACUACUAGAUUUUAAGGGAAUUUAUAUUAAUUAUCCAAAGACUACAUUGCCGAAUGCCGUAGGACGCGUUACGAGUACUCAAUACAUUAUUGGAUAAUAUUAAAUUAUAAUAUUAAUUAUUUGUUUGAAUUUUCAAUUUUUUAUAGGUGAGAUAAGUUUUUUGAUGACGUAAAUUUUCCAACAAAAUUAAAAGUAUUCCAAAAAUUCUUGUUGUUUUUUUUCAAUGAU